AUGUUUCGAGCGCCGAAUCCUUUCGAGGAGCUGGUGAACAAGGCGACCGAUGAGAACCUGACGACCGAAAACUGGGAGUUAAAUCUUGAGCUGUGUGAUCGCCUCGCUUCCAAUGAUGAGAGCGAUGCACGCAAGUGCAUGGCUGCCAUUCAAAAGCGGGUCGUGCACCGCAAUGCCAAUGUCCAGCUAUAUGCGAUCACCCUGACCGAUACGCUAUCGAAAAAUUGUGGCGAUGCUAUACAUCACGAAAUAGCGUCGCGCGCAUUCAUGCAUACUUUAUCUAAGGUGGUGCGUGAUACGAGUACCCACAACCUCGUCAAGCAGCGGAUCCUGCGAACGCUGCUCUCCUGGCGCGACGAGUACAAGCAUGACGAUACGCUUGGAUUAGUCGCUGACACCGUGAAUGAUUUGCGCGAAGACUUUUAUGAAUUGGAUGAGGAGCCUGCGCCGGUGCGGCGGGACGAAUCCGAAGACGAUGAACUUCAGCGGGUUCUGGCACUUUCUAUCCAAGAUCAAGGCGGUCGGUCGUCGUACCGGGAGGAAGCCACGAGUGCAGCAGGCCCAUCCACACGUCGUCCGGCUGAGCCCACAUCGCCUGACUGCGACAGCCUUCCGAAUCCUUUCUCUGAGCCGUUGUCCAAUGAAGCACCGCAACCUAUCGCACCUGAGCCGCGCUCGGCGCGCCCCUCUCGUGUUCGUGCUUUGUACGAUUUUGAGCCUGAUGAGCCUGGUGAACUGGCCUUUCAUCGCGGUGAUGUUAUUCGUGUGCUGGAUAGUGUAUAUGAACAAUGGUGGCGAGGCGAGUUGCGGCACCAAGUGGGCAUUUUCCCUGUCAACUAUGUCGAGGCACUGCCUGAUGAAACACCGGAUAUGAUUCAGCAGGAGCAGGAACUGGAACGCAGUGUUUUCACGCAUGCAUCGGAUAUCCAUGUCUUGCAUGCCCGGCUCCAGCAUCUCAAACCUUCGGACAAUUUUGUCGACGAUGACGAGCUCCAGGAGCUGUAUCAGCGUUCGCUCGCACUCCGCCCGAAAAUCGUCCGUUUGAUGGACACGUAUCAUACCAAAGUGCAAGAACUUCGCUCUCUAAAUGACAAAUUCGUGCGUGCACGUACCAUGCUGGAUGAUCUCAUACAGCAACACGUCUCCAUGCAACCAACCCACCCCACUGUGGAUGCACCUCAGCAGUCUGCUCCUUCGCCGCCAUCCGAUGCGAUGCCCAUACCUCAAGAAGAGGAAAAGCGGCGGCUCUUUGAGCGUGCGCGUGCCGAGGUCGAAGAGUUCCAGCGCCAGCGGCAACAAGUCUCGCAAGCAUCGGACUUGGAGGGCCUGUUAUUUGCUCCGCCUCCCUAG